UAAAGUGGAAUUUGGUUCGAAACGCGGCACUCAUGACUGAGGAGUGUGUCUGUGUGGCGGUCCGGGUCCGACCGCUGCUCGCCAGAGAAGUCCUCAACCGUCACCAGGUGUGUGUGCGCGUGGUUCCGGGCUCGGCCCAGGUGAUGCUCGGCUCGGACCGACUCUUCUCCUUUGACCACGCGUUUGGACCGACAUCCAGCCAGGACGAGGUGUUCGAGUCCUGCGUCCAGCCCUUGGUGGAGUCCUGCGUCCAGGGCUUCAACGCAACUGUGUUCUGUUACGGACAAACUGGGUCAGGCAAGACGUUCACGCUGGGAGGAGGACAGCAAGAUGAAGAUGGCGGGAUUGUUGAUCGUGUGGUGCAGGAGGUGUUCCGACUCCUCCAGGAAAAAAAGAAGAACAACGAGGGCCUGGACACCAGAGUGAGAGUCUCGUAUGUGGAGCUGUACAGGGAAGAACUCAGAGACCUGCUGGAGCUCCAAAACAUCCACAAAGAACUUCAUAUCAGAGAAGACGAGAGGGGAAACACAGUGGUGGUUGGAGUCAAAGAGAUGGUCGUCACGUCAACAGAGGAGCUGCUCAGCAUUGUAGAGACGGGAAAUGCCCUGCGCCACACCGGUCCCACGGCGAUGAACGAACACUCCAGUCGCUCUCACACCAUUCUCACUCUCCACAUUGACAUCUGUUGCCGUGGUAGCAGCACCCCUCCAACAAACUACAGCCAAUCCUCCAAACUCCGCCUGGUGGACCUCGCCGGCUCUGAACGGUCUGGGAAAACUGGAAACACUGGGACACGGCUCAAAGAGACUGCUCACAUCAACACAGGCCUGCUCGCUCUGGGGAACGUCAUCCGUGCUCUCACUGACAGUCGCCGUGGAAACAGCUGCACUAACACUUAUAUUCCAUACCGUGACGCCAAGAUCACUCGCCUGCUUCGAGAUUCUCUGGGAGGCACGGCCCACACACUGAUGGUGGCGUGCGUUAGCCCCUCCCAUCACUAUGUUGCAGAGACGCUGAAUGUUCUCCAGUUUGCAUCAAAGGCUCGACACAUCCGCAACUGUCCGGGAGCCACGACCCCUCAGUCAGAGAGUAAAUUCUGUCACACAGCCUGGCACCCCGAUGAGGCUCAGCUAGAAGAGCUGAAGUAUGAAGUCCAAACACUGAGAGGGCUCCUGGAGGAGAAGGAGAGGGACGUUAAGGUGGACAAGCAGAAGACACAAGAUAAAGAGAAGAACAAUUUUAAGGAAUCAAGUCAGACACAAAUACCUGAACCAGAUAACCCAGAUGAAAGCACAACGUACUACCUUUUGGCUCGUGAAGCUGCAGACAUGCUUCCAGAGCUCUACAGCAUUUCUUUAAGUCUUUCAUUUAGGCAGAGACUACAAGAUUGGCAGGAAAGAUUCAAAGCUGCGAGUCAACAAUGUCAAACAGAUGAUGGAGACCGUCCACUGAGAGCGAAGGAGGAAAAGGCAGAAGAGGAGCAAACAGAGCAACCCCACAAAAAUAUGAUCAAACUCAGAAAAGAACUCUACAAAUACAAGGGAUUGCUUCACACAAAAGAGCAGCUCAUUCAAGAGAGAGAUGUCAAACUAAUAGAGGUGCAGCAGAAAGUUGAGCAACUUCUUCAGGAAAACAGAGUCCACCAGAUGACCUCUGAGGAAGAAAAGGAACGUUCCAGAAUAAAGACAGAGCAACUGGUGAACAUGGAAGUUCUGAUGAACCAGCUUCGCAGUAACUCCAUGACCCAUCUUGGGGGAGUUUCAGGAGCCCCUGCAGAAGAACAAUCUCCUGCAUCUUCAGCUAAAAGACCUCACAGUGUCCCGCUGGUCAGGCACAGCUGUUUUUACCGUCCUCCCAGAAAGAUUCAUUCCAGUCCACCAACCUACUCACUGGAGAGGGUGAUGGCAGCUUUCAAGAUGCGUGGCCAGCUUCUGCUGGCCGAGGUAGAGGAGAGGGAUGAAGUGUACUGUCCGUUCGUUAAGCAACAAGCAGGAGGUCGAGGUGGAGAUGAAGAAAGGAAAGAGGAAGAGGAGGAAGAAGAUAAUGGCAGUCUGACUGGCAGAAAUAGAGUCAGUCAUUCCUUAAAUAGAACAUGGACCACCAGUCAGAGGAAAACAGCCCUGAAAGAAAAAAGCUCAGUCCGAGCUCAAAGAAAUGAUGGAGACCCUGACACACAGCUGUCUCAGACAGCCAAAGAUAUAGUGGAAGGGGAAUUCAUUAAAAGCAACACGAGGAAUGCCAGGAGAGCCGGUGCCACGGAGAGAAGGAUACACGAUCUGUCAGUCAGCAUGCGCAUGAAGGAGGAGCUCAUCAGAGAACUUCAGAAAACUGAAAAGGGAGCCCUUGCAGCCCGCAGACAUGUCCAGCACAGCGGUGAGGGGAGAGAAGUCGACGUGUUGGCAAGACUUUCCAUGCAAAACCAGCAGGUGUGCUCAGAGGUGUACCAGAGCCUGCAGCACAUGAGGCUGCAGAGAGCUCAGCUUCAGAGCAGCCUCAGAGAGACCAGUAACAGGAAUAAAGAGGUGCAACAAAAUGGGGAAAAAGGUGCAAAGGUUUUGACUAUUUACACAAAUGAUCAAAAGAGAGAAUCCAACCAAAUGCUGCAAGAGAUAAGUUGGCUCGAAGAGGAGGAAGAACAAGUCCUUCAGAAAAGAGUGGAGAUGCAGGAGCUGGAAGAAGAGUUGAGGAGGAGAGAGGAGGUGCUGCAACAGCGGGAAACCUGUCUUCAACAGAAAAGAAGUCUGGAAACCAAGAUUCUACAUUCCAGUCAAAGUUUGAGUCAAGACUUGCUACGUGUGUCCCUGAGGUUGGAAUGUGUGGAGGAGCAACUCCAGAGCAGCAGCUUCACGAGGGAGGGUGGAGGAGAUACCAUAGAGGAACUAGUGAAGGAAAGAGAUAUGCUUAAAAAGAAGAGAGACGUUCUGGACGCCCAGCUUAGAGACAACAGAGGACUCUCUGUGGAGGAGGAGUAUUCCCUUCUACAGCUGGAGGAAGCAAUUGAAGCUCUUGAUGCAGCUCUGGAGUUUAAAAACAAGUCAAUCCAGAGCAGGCGGGAUCAUCUGCCUCAAAGCUCCGAACCUGCCCAGCUCUGCAGUGUCGUCAGGAAGCUCAAGAAGCUCUCUGCUGCUGAGGCUGUGGAGCUUCUCAUCCUUUAUUUCCACAAGGUUGUUAGUCUGCGAGAGGCAGAGCGCCGUUUACGCUUGCGCUGUGAAGAGCUGGAGUUGCAUGCUGGGGAACAAGAGGUGGCGCUCAGGCAGAAGGAGGCUGGCAUCCAGCGUCUGGUCCUCGAUGCAGAACGCAGGCUCACAGAGCAGCAAAAAGAACACCAGAGCAACCUUCAGGAACUGCUACAGAAACUUAACGAAUGUUCUCGUGGAGAAACGCCACAGGCAACACAAGACAGACUGCAGUUCUUGGAGAAAGAGCUGUUUUUCUACAAAAGCUCCAGCCGGCAGCUGAAGAAGAAACUCAAAGAGUUUUUUGUUGAUGGCCAAGCCGCAAAUACCCAACCUUCAUCGUCACAAGAGCACAGGAAAAUCCAGUUGACACAAAUGCAGAAAAAUGAUUUAAAACCCAAUUAUUUAGAUAAGGUACAGUCAGGAGCACAUGUUACCACAACACACACAAAAAUAAACUCUGACUCAGGGAUGCAUAGAGGUUCUGAUCCAAACAGAAGUGCACACCAAGCUGAAGUGUACACCAAAACUCCAUUUUCAUCUUCUGACUGCAAAGAUCUCCCAAAACCAAAAACAACUGAUCAAAUUCCCACAGGUUCCAAAGUGAGCAGUGCUAAAGGUCAAUCUGAUGAAACCUCAAAGUUGACCCCUGUCAGAUUAUGUCGCAGGGAGCUGAGGCAGAUUUGUACAGCUGAUUCUCGCCUUUCUGGUGCUGCCACAAGAGGGAACCAGUCUGUCAGCAGCAGCACAGAGUCGAUGUUAGAAGAUUCCAUAGAGAUGCUCAGAAAAACUCACAGGUAAAAAGAGAAAACGUGGAGGAGUAAAAAAAAGCCAUUACUCUGUCGCAGACUAGCCGAAAGAAGUCAAUAACACGAAGUAGAUAGAUAUGCUAACACAGACUACUAGAGUUGUGUAGUAUUCAAAAUCUACAACCCCAUGUCUGUUUCAGGAAUGGUGAAUGAAGAAGCACUUUUUGAUUGGCAUUUCAAUUGAUUCUUCUAUUUUAUUUUUUCAAAUGUCGAAAUGAUUUUGUGCAGCUCUACAAUAAAUUUUUGAUUUUGCCAAUUGAA